GAUUGGAAAAGACAGAGGAAUUCCUUUUGGCCAGAUUUCAAGGAGAUGGGGUAAAGUACAAGGCCAAAUUGAUUGGUAUUGAUGAUGUUCCAGAAGCAAGAGGAGACAAAAUGAGCCAAGAUUCAAUGAUGAAAUUAAAGGGAAUGGCAGUUGCAGCCCGUUCCCAGGGACAGCACAAGCAGAAAGUAUGGGUGAACAUCUCUCUUGCUGGAAUCAAGAUCAUGGAUGAAAAGACUGGGGUUAUUGAACAUGAGCAUCCAGUCAACAAAAUCUCUUUCAUUGCUCGAGAUGUGACUGAUAACCGAGCCUUUGGCUAUGUCUGCGGAGGAGAAGGGCAACACCAGUUCUUUGCCAUCAAAACAUCACAACAAGCUGAACCACUAGUUGUAGAUCUGAAGGAUCUCUUCCAAGUAAUCUAUAACAUGAAGAAAAAAGAAGAGGACGAUAAGAAGAAGAAUGAAGAGGCCAGUAAAACUGAGAAUGGUAAUGAUGAAGCAAUUACUGAUCAAGUUGGCAAAAUAAAGUUGGGUGUCGACCAGAUGGAUCUAUUUGGGGACAUGUCUACUCCUCCUGACCUCAACAGUCCCACAGAGGAGGAAAAAGAGAUCCUAUUAGUGGAUUUAAACUCUGAGAUUGAGGCCCCUCCAACUUCUCUCACAGGGGAGGACCUUUUCUUGAACGACAUCACGCCUUCCCUGCCAUUGCCAAAGCUGCAGCCGCCUUUCUUGCCUGAAAACGCUUUCUCUGCAAACCUCAGCUUCUUUCCUACCCCCAGUCCUGACCCUUUCCGUGACGAUCCUUUCAGGCCAGCUGAUCAAUUGUCACCCCCUUCCCUUGAUUCUUCUUUAAAACCUUCCGGUCAGAAGAUGGAGAACAGUGGUGUGAAUGGGGACAUAGACUACUUUGGGAAAGAGUUUGAUCAGAUUUCCAACCGGACUAGCAAGCAGGAAAUGCCAGCCAGCCAAUGGCUGCUUGAAAGUAAAUCGGCACAUUUAGCGGUGAAGACAUCCGACGGGGUGCCGGAGAGAGAACAGAAUGGUUUCGUGGCCAAAUCCCCCUUGAGUGUCUUUGCAGAAAGCUCUCCCAAAGGAACACCUGUGCUGAAUGGGUUACGGCUAGACUCUGAUAGCAGCCACCUGUCAGUGCCACAAGACUCCAUCACGAUUAGCCCACCUCCACAAAGUACAAAGCCAGGAAGAGGAAGGAGGACUGUUCAGAAUGCAGCCAGCGACUUGUUUGGUCCUGAUAUUUUUGCUCCUGGAUAUUCUGUAACCCAUACUCUGACUACAGCAGGACAGCCUUCCGGUGUGCCAACUAACCCACUAGACCUCUUCAAAACCAAUCCUCCUACAGCAGCUCCCAUACCUGGACUAGGUGGCCUGCCUACAUCAGCAUCCCCAACACCAGCAUGGGGGCCCCAGUCUACGGCCUUCGGUCAGCCAACCCCAGUGUUUCCUGGAACUGCUCUGAGUGCUCAGCCAGUGAAAUUUGCACCAUCUCUCGGUUUCGGUGCUCCUCAACAAGCACCUGGUUGGGGCCAGCCAGCUCCAGGCCAGACUCCAGCUCCUGAUCCCUGGAGUCAAUCUGUGUGUGUUUCUUCAUCCAAUGCAUGGGCACAGCCUCCUACUAGUGGGAACCCUUUCCAUAUCAACAUGUUUCCACCUUCUCUGGCAUCUCACCCUCCAACUAUGUUGUCCUCCAUGUCAUCUACUAGCCCUCCUCCUCAGUUGCCUCCUAGAACUGCACCACAGAAGGAGUGCAGUGUAAAAAAGGAAAGCGAUGCCUUUACUGCUUUAGAUCCUCUGGGUGAUAAAGAGAUAAAAGAUGUCAAGGAGAUGUUCAAAGACUUCCAGCUGACGAAACCACCCGCUGUGCCUGCCCGGAGAGCAGAACAGCAACAACCAGGGCCUCUGAAGCCUGGUCUGAGGUUAAAUGCUGCCCCACUUAUUUCCAAGCCUGUUGAAGACCGCUUUGAGAAUCCUUUCAAGAUGGAUCCUUUUGCUGCUCCCUCACAAGGUUUAAUUACAGCUCAACAACAGCAAUUGUCUUCUGUUCCUUGUAAUGACCCUUUUGGAAACCCAUUUGCAUAAAUUAGGUUG